GGACAUUGUAGGUCUCGUGGGAGAUGGACCAUCCGGCGGUACAGCCUGUGCAAAUGUACCACGGCAAGUUAUCACGAUAUCCUCACGCCGAGUCCUUGCUGCUGCCGCUGCCGUUCUUUCUGGCUUGUGCUAUUGUUGCCAGAAAAUUUCUCACCCUGCCACAGUACCCAGCUGUUUGAAUGCUUGUCUCGGAAUUAUAGUACCUAGGUAACUACCUACAUGAAAUGGCUUGAAUGCGGCGCCGCCGGCUGCAACCCUAAUCACUGGCAACGGCCUGACCAUCUGCAAUAAUGCGGAUUCUAACAAUUUCUGAACAUGGCACCGACAGUUAUUAUGGCACUGUCUGAAUUUUCCUUGCCAUAUGGUUGCAUCAAGUUGAGUAAUCAGACAGAUGUCCUGCGGCCGCAUACUACAGAGGUUUCAUGUUUCAGAGACCCUCUCCAAGUAUCGUGGACCCUAUGAACCACAGCUGCUACUACUCUCAAGUCGACGUGGAGGGCAUACCCGUCGACGUGCAUGUUCUACCGCUUCUUUUUCGAAGCUGGCCACAUGGCUGGUGGAAUAGUGGAGGACGAUCGGAUUUCCAAAUUCAAGCAAAUGCAACGGAAGACUCCGUCUCUGUGGGACUUGAUUGGCCAACGGUCCGGGUGUCGGGCUGCUGGCCGCUUCGGGCUCGCCUGUCGGGAGAUGACGAGGUUUCAUGCAGCUCGGUAGAAUACUAGCGAGCCAGUCACAGCUCAAUGAAAACAGAAUGGUAAGGCAGUCCCGGCACGUGAUUUGCGUGGCUGGAUUGUGCCUCCGAGGUUUCACCGGCAAAAUGGAAUUUCAUACCUAAUGUCUUCUCGCCUCCUUCUCCCGCCAUCAUCACAUGCUUCUUGCGUGGACUGCGGUCACCGCUCACCACCGAACCUUCAGCGAAGAAAGGUUCAAAAUUCCGUCUCCAGGAUGGAGAAAGCCGGUGCAGUCCAGCCACUCAAUUGUGGUCCCACGCCCGGCGCCGGGCCCUUUGAGCUUCCUCUCACCUGUCUCUCUCGCCUCCACGAUUGCAAAGCUUUUUGCCUUCACCACGAGGAGACGCGUCUGACAAAAGGCCCGAGCCUGGAUAUGAUCCCCAUGGCGGGGGCGACGGCCGCCCACAUCGGUCGAUCGGGUAAUGCAACCACAGUCGGAUCGAGCCGGUUUGGGCCAGCACCGAUUGAUGGUGAGGAUUGGCACAUCGAGUUUUCACCACCGUUUAAGAAAUCUCGACAUGUCGGGCUGUGCUUCGUUAUAGGGCGGUAAUCUCUUUCCGAAGUCCAGUCCUUGCCAGUCUGUUCGGAUGACCGCGCAACCCCUUUUUGACUUUGCAUGUCUUUGACAUAUUCGGCUUUCCGCCACUGACGGUUGUGGCGGGGUGGCAUCUCCAACGACUCGGACCAGAAGCAUGGACUCUCACCUCCGUCUGUGGCGGCUGCACGGGUCGAGAGGCGAGUAUAAUCUGACUGACAGAAAGAUGCACUGAUGCACCAGCUGCCUGCCAGCCAUCGGCGGCCGUGUCUGAGCAUGGCUACGCGACGUCAGGGGCUGUUGUCUCAAGCAAUUACAUCUUGACAGAUCUCUUCGUCGACGGAGAUUGAUGAUUGACAUGGGUGUUUGCCCUUGGCUUUCGUUCCGGCGAAUCAUUCCAUGCUGGCUCAGCCAUAUCUCCUGAUUGGACAGGGCAGACUUCAGCAAACGUCCACUUCCAGUCGUCCAGCCAACCUGUCUAUCCCUGUCACAACUUAUUCAUCGGAUCGUGGCGAUCAGAUGGCUAAUGGUCCGGAGACAGGCUGGACGACUCUCAUCUACGGUAGGAAUCGGCAGUGAUAUUACCAUAGGUAAGGAUGUUAUGGCAGGAGACUGUGCAUUACGGGCCCUUUUGCGUUCAACCGAUGCUGGGAAGAGAGGGGUGAGCAUCUUUACCUGUCUUGUUGAGCCGAUCAUCAUCGCGAUCAGCCCGGACUGCAUUGGUGUUUGGCCUCCGAGCUGUGUGGUUGUCCUAAUCAGAUGGCUAGCGAUGGCUCAGCGGUUUGCGAUUUGCAAGGGCACACGAUAGUGACGAUGCAUGCUCCUCGUCUACUGCCCUCCGCUUUGCAGAUAUGUACUACUGUCAGUAUUGCGCCGGUGGGUAACCGGGUUUGCAACUACCUUCUUUUG